AUGGGUACAAUAUUUUUGGAUGGCUAUUUAACGAUAUCAAUAUGUAUUAUAGGAGUAAUAUCCAAUGGAGCUGUUGCUUACAUCAUUAUCACUUGCAAGCAAUUUCAGGCUUCAACUUAUAUUUUCCUCUGUAGCAUGUCUAUAGCUGAUGUUGUUGCUCUUUUUUCUGUUGCAUUACAUGUUAUCUCGAUGAUAAUUGUAGAAAAUAAUGUAGCAUAUACUGCAUUCUUAGAAUUUGGCUGCAAAGCCUAUGGGUACAUGCUACAAGUUGGUUUUACCGUUUCGACUCACUCAUUAGCAAUCAUUAGUAUUGAUCGAUAUUUUAGUAUUUGCCGCAAUGCUAGUUUAAAUCGAAAAUAUGCAUUAAACACUAACCGUAAAAUUAAAUUGACGAUUAUCGUCACCUGGAGUUAUGCUUUAGUCUCCAGUCUUCCAAAUCUU